AUGAGGACGUGCAAAAGAAAAUCUGAAAGGGGUGAUGUACCAAAAGAUAUCAUAGAAAGAGCUUGCCACGCAGUAAUCUUCGAUAAUAAUAGCAUCAACGCCACAUCAAAGAAAUACCAAAUUCCAUACAAAACGUUGCAUCGUUAUGUGACUAAACUUAAACAAAAACUAGAAAGUUGUCCGAACCUCGGGAAAGCUGAUUUGACCCUGGACACGGCGGGGUACAUAAAAAAUAGGCAGGUAUUUAGCGAUGACGAAGAAAAUAAACUGGUAGCUUAUUUGAAGACGGCUGCUGACAUUUACUAUGGAUUAACACCGUAUGAGACACGCAAGUUUGCAUUUGAAUACGCAAAAAAGAAUAAUAAAACUGUACCUGAAUCUUGGAAUACAAAAUUAAUGGCUGGCGAAGAUUGGCUUGGUAAUUUCUUAAAACGUCAUCCCUCGUUAUCAAUAAGAUCACCUCAACCUACAAGCCUGUCUAGAGCUACGUCGUUCAACAAACAAAAUGUAAGUGAGUUCUUUGUUAACUUGAAAACAGUUUACGAACGAUUAAAUCUAAGCCCAGGUGAUAUUUGGAAUGUUGAUGAGACGGGACUUACAACAGUCCAUGUGCCUAAUAGAGUCAUAGCUCGCCGGGGUAUUAAAAAUUUGGGUAAAAUGACUUCGGCUGAAAGAGGCACUUUAGUGACAAUUGCAGUAGCAAUUUCAGCUCUCGGCAACAUGGUUCCCCCGUUUUUUGUUUUUCCAAGAGUACAUUUCAAGGAGCAUUUUCUUAAUGCGGGUCCUAUAGGUUCAGAAGGUGACGCUAACCCAUCUGGGUGGAUGAAAGAAGAAAAUUUCAUAAAAUACGCAAAGCAUUUUGUGAAACACGUGAAACCCAGUAAAGAAAAGCCUAUUCUUCUGCUCUUGGACAACCACGACUCACAUUUAUCAAUCGAGGUGCUGGAUUAUUUCAAAAACAAUGGGAUUACAGUUUUGUCAUUCCCCCCUCAUUGUAGCCACAAACUACAACCACUGGACAGAAGCGUUUACGGACCUCUCAAGAAAUAUUACAAUAAAGCCAGCGACAACUGGCUAGCUACUCACCCUGGAAAAACCAUCACAAUUUACGAUAUUCCGGAAUUGUUAAAAAUAUCUCUGCCAAUGGCGGCUACAAUCGACAAUAUACAGUCUGGAUUCAGAGUCACCGGUAUUUCGCCGCUUAAUGAAAAUAUAUUUCCUGAGUCUGAAUUUAGUGGAGCCUUUGUUACUGAUAGGCCAUUACCAGACGCACAUGACGCUAGAUCCUCAACCGCUGGUAGUGCGGUAGCAGGUCCAUCAAAUUCGCAAAAUAAUUUAGACAUUGGAAAUACUGUUCCACCAACCUCUCAAACAAAUUCAUCGGUUACUUUACCUCAAGUUGUAGAACUUCCAUCAAAUUCAGGCAGUGGUUCUGCUAAUCUAAUGGUUCCUAUAUUGCCCGAAAGAUCAAGGUCAUCUAGUACCGUUUGCGAAUCACCUUCUAUUCUCGAUGAAGAACACGUACAAGAAGAACCAGAAAUAGAGAACAUACAUCAGUCAGAUAUUGAUGCAUGCCCAUUUGAAACUCCACCACCACCUGGAUUUAAUCAAGAUAUACUUCCACAUAUCGAACCACACCCAUGUGUAACACCACCUCCACCUGAAUCCAAUCAAAGUUUUCUUUCACCUGAAGAGAUUAGACCUUUUCCGAAAGCAGCACCACGAUUAGGAAGUAGAAUAAACAUACGAAAACGUAGAAGCACCAUAUAUACAGACACUCCUGAGAAAGAAAAUCUUCUUGAAAACAAAAUGAAGCAAAUACGGAAGGAUACUUUAAAAAAGAUGAAAAAAGAAAAAAAUACCCCAAAAAUAAAAGGAAAAAACAAGGGAACAGGCAAGGGCAAAGGUAAAGGAAAGGGGAAGGGAAAGAAAACUAAGAAUAACGAUGAUCUUUCAGAAAUAAGCGACGAUGAUGACGCGAUUUGUCUAGAAUGUACCGAAUCCUAUUCAGCCAGUAAACCUGGUGAAGAGUGGAUUCAGUGCAUUACGUGUAAAUUAUGGGCUCAUUCUAAAUGUGCAAAAGGUAAUUUGAUAUUGUAUGAAUGUAAGAAUUGUAAUUCUGAUUUAGAAGACUGAUAUGACGGUCUGAUUUUAGAUAGAUCUUUACUAAAACUAGAUAACAUGAGACAGGUUCUAUUCAUAGUUAGGUUAAGUUUUAGAAAAUAAAUCUUAUAUUUUGGUAAAUAUUAAAGUGGCUAAUGAUAAUCACUAUUUUAAAGAUUAUAAUAUUUUGUUAGCAGAUAUACUUAAAAACUCUAAUAUGAGACUGAUUGUUCUAUUUUCAUAAAUAAGUUAAUUUAGAAAAGAAGUUUUCUGUUUUAUUAUUAGUUUAUAAUAUUAGAUACUCACAAGUUUAUGUAUGUUGAAUAAUAUUUUUAUAAAAGCAAUUUUAUCUGUGAUUAGCGAUUUAUUAGAAUAAUUCAAGUUACAAUUAUGGUUGAAACAGAAAGUACAAAAAUUAAUCCCUCAAGAAUUGUUAAUUUUAGUUUUUUUAAUAGUUUAAAAAGUCACCUUUAGUAAAGUUCUUUAUUAACCGAGAAUGGAUCUCAAAUUUAAGUUUGUUUAUAAUUAAAUAAAAAGUUUCUAUCAUUUAGUACAUUUUAAUGUUUUAUUGUAUACUAAUCCUCUUUAUUUACACUAAUUACUGCCUAGGUCAACCUACCCCAUGCCUAUGGUCAACUUACCCCGAACAUGGGGUAGGUUGACCAAGCGUCAGGGGUUUAGAAAAUCGACUAAAUAAAUAUUAUAAUGAUAAAUAUAUAGGUUAUAGAUUAGUAUUUUAGGUACCUGAAUAGUUCUUCUAUCUGUAUCAACUGCUAUUUUUGUUAUAUUCACUUUAACAUCAGAGAUAUACGAGCUUAAGUCAAAAGUUAGUCAACCAUCCCCGGUCUCCCCUAUG